AUGCUCCUGCGCAGAUAUCCAAUUGGAAGAUGCCUUCGGGUCUUCCCCCCCACAUUGACAAAACAUCCAAACGUAAUCAGGAAGUAUGUGCAACCCCCCCGAAGGGAAGCAAGCACCAUGACGUAUACUCCGUUCAAGUGCAGCACAAUCAGCAGUACAAACCUUGCGCAACAACGAAUAAGCAACAUAACCUGCACACAAAUAGACGUAACCAAACAGGUGAAACGAUUUUACAACCCGAGGGAAAAUAUCAACUGGACUCUGAUUCGAUUCCGACACAGAGUAUCACAAUUACGAAAAAAAAAAUUAAAAUAUAAAAACCACUCCAAGGUUGCGUUACGAUUUCGCUUAACCAGAUUUGGAUGGGAAAGGUUGCAGUCAGGUCGAAAUGCGAGUAAAAGAAAUUUGUCCAUCAAAAAGUACAAUGAAAAAAUGAAAAUAAAAUACGUCUCACGGGAUGACAUCAAGAAGUUCAAGUUCCAAAUGCCUAGCUAUGUCCUGCGGUUACGCGACUCUCCGGUUGAUUACAACCCCAAUAUUAUGCGUGCCCGCAAGUUCUUGCCUUCGCACUUUGGUUAG